AUGCCCAGAAAGCUUACCAACAACCGUUUUGGUAAACGAGCCAACCAUUUUUUCAACCAUGACAAUAGAAGAGCUCGCGUGGAUGACGACCACCCGAUGAAUUUCGGCGGUGUCAAACACAGGUUAUCAUUCAAAAACUCACGAUUUGGAAAAGAUCGUGUGCGUCACGUGAAUUCAGUAACCAAAGCUGAACCAGAAGAUCCUAUGUUCUCGAGGUUGAGUGUUCGAAAAGGCAUGUUCAAAGGCAAAUGUUCACGGCUCAAUUCCAUGGAGAAUCAACACCCAAGAUUGAGUAUUGAAAAUAAAGUCAACUUUAAACGCGAUCCACAGUGGUUUAAAAUAAUGAUUAAUUAUGGUGAUAAAUAUGAAAAAGACUGUAUUUUGAGUAGUCUUCUCAGCUCCAUGGUUCCUCAUACAUUUAUACCAAUAAUGUACCAAGUUAUUGGACAUGAAGCUAUUUUUUACGUCGAUAGUAAAGAAACUGCUGAUAAACUGGCUGAAUGUAAUAAAAAAAUUACUAUGUCUGAUAAUUAUAAGCUCCAAGUACGAGUUCAUCCUGGCUUUCCAAAAUGUGAAGCUGAUUCUGUGCCGAAGGAAAAAUUGCAAGCAGCUAUGGCUAAACGAUACAAUCAACAAAAUAAUUCUCUAGACCUGUCGUGCUUUUACCACGAUCCUGAUCUUGUUGAAGACUAUUUUUGCGCUUUAUUUAGGCCUAGAAUGCUGAUGACAGUGCUGGAGAUCGUCGCCGAUGCAAUUCCUAACCUAGAGGCAUUGAAUCUUGGACAUAAUAAAUUAUUCAACAUUGAAAAACUUAGUUUUUUGGAAAAGAAACUCAAGCACUUGAAAAUCUUAUACAUUGGUGACAACAAAAUCAGAAAAAUGAACCAGAUGGAUGCUGUCAAAGAUUUACCACUCGAAGAAUUACGUCUUGCCGGCAACCCACUCGUACAACACAAAUACAAAGAACGUACGGAUGACUAUAUCAGUGACGUACGGCAAAAGUUUCCCAAACUUCUUCGACUGGAUGGCAUGGAAUUACCAAAACAAAUAGUAUUUGACAUCGCCGAAGAAGAUAUCCAACUACCGCUCACUCAAAGAGCAUUUGCAAAAAAUGCUGAAAUCCUGAAAGUAGCAGAACAGUUUGUGCUUCAAUACUUAACCAUCUUCGACAGUGAUUCCCGGCAACCUUUGCUUGAUGCUUAUCACGAGCAUGCAUUUUUUAGUCUGACUGUUGCUCAGAGCCCAACGAUACAAAAAUUCAAGAAAUAUUUAUCUGACAACAGAAAUUUAUUCCGUUGUGCUGAUUCAAACCGCCGAAUGAAAUUGUUGAAACAAGGAAGACAACCCGUACUAUCAUUCAUCUCAGAAUUGCCAAAGACUCAACACUAUUUGAAUUCAUUCACCAUGGACACUACAUCAGUAUCAGCAUCGACGAUAAUCAUUACCAUGACUGGAUUAUUCAAAGAAGUAGAAGCUGAGGAUCAUCAGAUCUGUUACUUUGAUCGCACGUUUGUUAUCGUGAAAUUCGGUAACGGUUACUGUAUCAAAAAUGAGCAGUUAAACUUGGCUCGCCCGACUCCAUCUCAAGAACGCCUUUUUAUUAAUGGCCCGCAGACUACGAUAGCCAAUCAAGCAGCAGCAAUUCAAGCCCAACAAGAAACGCAACAAUCUCAACCUCAACUUUCAACUUCAGAAGUGCCUACACAACCCACCGAGGAGCUUCAGCGUCAAAUGACUGUUGCUCUGAGUGGCCAAACUAAGAUGAACCUAGAGUGGAGUUUCAAGUGCUUACAAGAGGUACAGUGGAACUUUGAAACAGCUAUUUGCGCAUUUAAUCAAUUUUUCCAGGCUGGGAAAAUCCCAGCUGAGGCAUUUUCUCGAUAA